AUGCAGCCACCUAGGUUCUUGAACUCAGACAUCAAUGAGUGCAGACAUAAAAAUGGAGGCUGUCAGCAUCAGUGCUUCAACACGCUAGGAUCGCACGUGUGCAUAUGCUCCGAAGGAUAUGAGGUAGAUCCCGCAGACAAAAAGAAGUGCAGAGACGUCAGAGGAUGUUCGUACAACAAUGGAAAGGGUCCGUGUCAGGAACAGUGUACUCCUCUGCCUGGCAAAAAACAAAAGUGUUCUUGUUCAAGCCCCGGACUCAAGCUCGCCGAAAACGGGGCGUCGUGUGUCGAUAUUGACGAAUGCAGUGAUGGCAACUUCGGAUGUUCCCAUGUUUGUGAAAACGUUCAUGGUUCUGCGUACUGCUUAUGCCCGUCAGGACUGAAUUUAGCCGAUGAUAACAAGACUUGUAUUGCUUUAAAUGGGUGCUCGGGCAACGAUGGCAAAGGUCCAUGUCAGGAGCGUUGCACUCCUUCACCUAACAAUGGAUACAGCUGCUCUUGCAUAAGUCCCGGGACAGAGCUCUCGACCGACGGGGUUUCGUGCGACAAGUUGUCUGUUGUACCCGAGGACACGUAUGAGUAUAUCUGGCCGUCAAACUCAACUGGCUUUUCAAACAGCAGCGAUGGGAUUGAUGACAUCGAGGGUUCUGGGAUGGAGGAGGAGACACCGUCCGGAAGCAAAGACGCGGAUCGCGUCACGCCGGAAUGUCCGAUAGGAUUUGCUCCAGUCAACGGCACAUGCGAAGAUAUCAACGAAUGCUCCUCCGGGACCAGCAACUUGUGUGCCCACAUCUGCAACAACACCAUUGGAAGUUUUCGCUGUAGCUGCAGGGAAGGAUACACGUUGAGCGAGACUGGGACCGGCUGUGAAGACAUCGACGAGUGCUCCUCGCAUUCGACUCAUCCCUGCUCGAACAUCUGCAAAAAUACCCAAGGUAGCUACUACUGCGCAUGCUUCCAGGGAUACAAACUGGACGGAACUAGAAGAAAUUGCGUAGAGUGCGUAAAGUUGAUCUCGGUGGUUACGAAAGAUCAUGACAUGUUCGGCACAGUAAACCUGUAUCAAAGAAAAUACAUCGAGAAAGAGAUAACGAAAGACUUUUUCUUGCCUCCCGCAAUGCACAGAUAUUGA